AUGUCUUUCGCUACCAUCGCCCCGUCCCCCAAACCCUCAGUUUCGUCCCCAGACAUGGCCAGCUCUAUAGAGCCCGUCAAGCCAGCCUCCAAGUCCUCGAAGAAGUCCUCGCGCAAGUCUACAGGAAGGUCAUCGUCUAGUUCAACAACCCAGGGAAACACCGGUGUCAAGAAAUCAGAGAAGCUACAUCGAAGAUCCCGCUCUGGUUGCUUCACAUGCCGCCUGCGACGCAAGAAGUGCGACGAAGGUCAUCCCGCAUGUCGAGCUUGCAAGAACCUCAAGCUAAGGUGUGAAUACGAGCGACCAAUGUGGUGGGGAAACAGCGAACAGAGAAAGUCGCAAAAGGAGUACAUCAAGGAUCUCAUCAAGAGUACCAAGAUGAAUGAAAAGACCGUUCCGUGCCCUCGCCAAACUUGCUGCACUUACAGUCCUCCUAGCCUUUCUCAUUCGGCCCCGACCCCUGAGGCGUACCCGGAGACCAUGGUACAAACUCGAGAUACCUCUUUGGAGCCCCCGUACUGUUUUGAGGGGGAGUCUAGCCACGUUCACAUUCAAGAUCUCUACGACCCAUAUGCUCCUCAAGAUCCAGCGUCGCACUUGGAUUCUACUGGUUACUGGUCUGCUCCCACACCGUACGAAGUUGAUGUCAAAACUGAGAGCGAACUGUACAUUAAUGACAUUCCAACUCGACGGGACUCGUCAACGUCGACUUUCAACACGUUCCAGCCUCCACUUGCUCAUACUAUGCUACCUUCCUUUGUGGAGGACGAUUGGGCGCAACACGACGUUUUCGAACCCAAGGGCCUCCCAGAGCAUAACUGCUUCGAGUUUUCUCACGGACCUUCUGGCGUUCCCUCCAUCCAGGUUGAAGAUGCCGACCGUCAUCUGCUAGAUCACUUUUUCGAACAUGUUGCCAGCAAAAUAUUUCCUAUCCUGGAGACAAGGAAACGAGGAGGCGUCUUCACCGAUGUCAUACUUCCAGCAAUCGAAUCGAACAAAUGUUACCUGCACUGCUGUCUAAGUAUCGCGGCCGUUCACCUGAAGUCAACACAGCAAGUCUGUGGGGACCUCGUUGACACCGAUAUUCUCAAGCACCGCUACCAAGCAGUUUCAGAACUUUGCUCAUCUCUCAACCAGGACACUGACCACCUUCAGAUACUUGAGGCAACUCUCAGCAUGGCUUUCUUCCAAUGUGCCGUCGGCCGCGCGAACGAUUCUCUACCUGACGUCCCAUGGCACCAGCAUUUCCAAGCAGCCACCGGUUUGAUCCACAAGCUAGACCUUCCACAUCGCCUCCUAGAAUCUGAUCACGGAACAGUUCACCCACCAUUCAGCAUGAGCCUAGCUGCUUGGAUCGAUAUUUUGGGGUCGACGAUGCUUGGUCAGAUGCCACAGUUUGCACAUACCUACAGGACCAAGCUCUUUGGCGGAUCUAGCGCUGGAUUGUCCGAGCUCAUGGGAUGCGAGGAUCGAGUGAUGUACUUGAUUGCAGAAAUAUCAUGCCUUGAUAAUCUCUGCAUUGAGGGCCGAACUGACCACUCCAGCCUGUGCGGCCACGUCACCAACCUUGCGCAACAGCUCGACCACACCGAACCGCCACCAGGAUCGCUGGUAAAGCCAUUCUCCGAAGACGGGGUCUUGCAGCCACAGCAACUCGCAAAGAACAUUACUGCACUAUUCCGCGUUGCCGCCCGAAUUUAUCUCUGCAGCCUUGUACCCGGAGCCCAGCGCGAUGAGCCAGGCACCGUUAGCCUAAUCUCCCACGCUGCCGAACUACUUGACCUCAUCCCUAGCGGACCAGAAGGCUUUGAUAGCUCCAUUGUUUGGCCUCUCCUUAUCUGCGGCUCGCUUUCAACUCCCGGCAGCACAUUCCGUGGUGCCCUUAGCAAGCGGAUCGAGCAGAUUGGCGAACAGGCAGAAUUGGGUAGCUUUGGCCGCAUGGUGUGUUUACUCCGAGAAGUAUGGCGCGUUGCAGACGCAAGGGCUAUCGCGGAAGCGCAACAACCACCGGCUUCCUCCCCACCACUGAACGGGGAGCACGCACAGCUAACGAACCGGAUUGUUCACUGGCGAGAUAUUAUGCAACAAAACGGCUGGGAUUUCCUCCUUAUCUGA